CUCCUCCUGCUCCUGCUCCUGCUCCUGCGCGGGCUGCAGAGAUAGCCAGAAACCAAGAGGGGAUGAUAGGGAGAAAGAGAGACCUGCGGCACUGCUUCACCACGUGUGAAGCUUUCCCCCAGCAGGGUCAAUAAACCACAGCGCCAUAAAGCAGGAGAGGAAAAUGGCAUUCCGGAAAGUAAACAUCGUCAUCCUGGUGUUGGCUGUUGCUCUCUUCCUACUGGUUUUGCACCAUAACUUCCUGGGCCUGAGCAGCUUGCUAAGGAACGAGAUUUCAGAUCCAGGAAUUGUGGGGCUUCAGUCCAUAGAUUUUGUCUCAGCUGGCCCCCGACAUGUGAUAGACAGGAGACAAGAGGACAUUCCUGUGGUCAUUGCUGCAUCUGAAAGUAGGCUGGGAGGGGCCAUCGCAGCCAUUAACAGCAUUCAGCACAACACUCGCUCCAAAGUGAUUUUCUACAUCGUUACACUCAACGAUACCGCAGACCAUCUCAGAUCCUGGCUCAACAGUGAGAUCCUGAAGAGUAUCAGGUACAAAAUCGUGAAUUUUGAUACUAAACUUUUGGAAGGCAAAAUUAAGGAAGAUGCUGACAAGAGGGAAUCCAUUAAACCACUAACUUUCGCAAGAUUCUACUUGCCAAUUUUGGUUCCUGAUGCAAAGAAGGUCAUAUAUAUGGAUGAUGAUGUCAUCGUGCAAGGCGAUGUUCUUGCCCUAUAUAACACCCCACUGAAACCAGGCCAUGCAGCUGCAUUUUCAGAAGAUUGUGACUCUGCCUCUACCAAAGUCGUCAUCCGCGGAGCAGGAAACCAGUACAAUUACAUUGGAUAUCUUGAUUAUAAGAAAGAGAGAAUACGCAAGCUUUCCAUGAAGGCCAGUACCUGCUCAUUUAACCCGGGAGUUUUCGUUGCAAACUUGACAGAAUGGAAACGACAGAAUAUAACAAGGCAGUUGGAGAAAUGGAUGAAGCUCAAUGUCGAAGAAGGGCUGUACAGCAGGACACUGGCUGGCAGCAUCACGACCCCGCCUCUGCUCAUCGUGUUCUACCAGCAGCACUCCACCAUUGACCCCAUGUGGAACGUACGCCACCUUGGGUCCAGUGCUGGGAAACGAUAUUCACCCCAGUUUGUAAAGGCCGCCAAGUUACUCCACUGGAACGGGCACUUCAAACCAUGGGGAAGAACGGCUUCAUAUACGGAGGUUUGGGAAAAAUGGUAUAUCCCAGACCCAACCGGCAAGUUCAGCCUCAUCAGAAGGCAUACUGAUACCUCCAAUGUAAAAUAAAAUGCUGACUUAUACUAUAAAGCAUUUCUCAGGAAGCCCUGGAAGACAGUAUGGUCUCAACGUGUAACUGCAGCAGCCCAUUGGCAAAGGGCAUUUCACCUGGCCAAGAGGACAGAUUCCACAAUCUGGUGGCCGGCUUCCCAGACUAUGAUGUGUUUCCACCUGCCCCACCAGAUGCUGCUUGCUACAGUGCUGAGUGAAUUUAGAUGGACGGACUGAUGGAACUGGUACAGCUAGUUAAACAACACUACUUCUACCUGUGGCCUGUUCUAUAAAUAAACACUUAAGUUUUUAA